AUGGUUACUAUGGAAGACAUUGAAAGUUAUAAAGCAAUUAUUGCAAUUGUUGGAUUAUUAAUAACUUAUCAUGUAUUGCAAUAUGCUUCUUUUAAAUACAAAGAGAAGAAGUUAGGAUGUGAACCUAUGUUUGCCAAUAUAAAUGAUUAUCUGUUUGGGUUCAGGACAGCUCUUGAGUUCAUGAAGAGGAAAAGAGAUGGGGAAAUUAUUGAUUAUGUUCAUUCAUUGUUUGAAGAUGGAGGAUUUGACACUGGAUCAACUAUGAUUGCUGGUAGAACCAUGAUCAAUACCAGAGAUCCUGAAAACAUUAAAGCUAUUUUAGGUACUCAAUUUAAUGACUUUGACUUGGGUAUUAGAUACAAACAAUUCUUACCAUUAUUGGGUGAUGGAAUCUUCACAUUAGAUGCUCAAGGUUGGAAACAUAGUAGAGCUAUGUUAAGACCCCAAUUUUCAAGAGAACAAGUUGCUCAUGUUCAAUCAUUAGAACUUCACAUUCAAAGAUUAUUUAAACACAUUAAAGCUGAAAAGGGCCAAAAAUUUGAUAUUCAAGAUUUAUUCUUUAAGUUAACUAUUGAUACUGCUACUGAAUUUUUGUUCGGUGAAAGUUGUUCAAGUUUAGUUGAUGGUCUUGAAGAGGGUGCGAAAACUGAUGAUGAUGAAAUUUUGGAAAUUCGUAAGAAAUUCCCUAAAUCUUUCAAUGAUUCUCAAGCUAUUCUAGCUACUAGAGCUAUUUUACAAGAUUUCUAUUGGUUGUGUAAUACUUCUCAAUUCAAAUAUGAUUGUAAAGUUGUUCAUCAAUUCACUGAUUAUUAUGUUAAUAAAGUAUUAAACACUCCAACCGAAGUUUUGAAUGAAAAAUCUUCUGGUGGUUAUACUUUCUUAUAUGAAUUAGCUAAACAGACCAGAGAUCCAAAAAUUUUAAGAGACCAAUCAUUAAAUAUUUUAUUGGCUGGAAGAGACACUACUGCUGGAUUAUUAAGUUUUACAUUUUAUGAAUUAUCACGUAAUCCUGAAGUUUUCAAGAAAUUACAAGAAGAAAUUCAUGCUACUUUUGGUUCAGGUAAAGAUGCUAGAACCAACGAAAUUACUUUCGAGAGUUUAAAGAAAUGUGAAUAUUUAAAAGCUGUUAUCAAUGAAACUUUAAGAUUAUACCCAUCAGUUCCUAUUAAUUUCAGAACCACCAACAAAGAUACUUCAUUACCUCGUGGAGGUGGUAAAAAUGGACUUUCACCAGUUUUCAUGCCAAAAGGCCAAGUUGUUACUUAUUUCAUUUCUUCAUGUCAAAAGAAUAAAAAUAUUUAUGGAAAAGAUGCUGAUGUCUUUAGACCAGAAAGAUGGUUUGAAGAUUCAACUAGAAAAUUGGGUUGGGCUUAUUUACCAUUUAAUGGUGGUCCAAGAAUUUGUCUCGGUCAACAAUUUGCUUUAACUGAAGCCAGUUAUGCCGUUACCAGACUAGUUCAAGAAUUCUCUCAUAUUAAGAGUUAUAAUUCCGAAGCUGAUUAUCCUCCAAAGAAGAAUUCUCAAUUAACUAUGUGCUUACAAAAUGGUGCUCAUAUUGCUUUAUAUUAG